AUGCGCCCAGAGUCGGACUCAUUGGUCUUCGGCCCGCCGGGGGACGAAUGGCGUUACGACAAAUCGUCACGAACCUAUGAUCUCACCCGGGACCGGUCGCCGGCCUGGACGGUCGGCACCUCCCAGGGCCCCCCGGAGACCUUCAUAUCCGUGUCCCCCCACAGCACGGCGCUCGUGAUUGUCGACAUGCAGAAUUUCUUUCUGCAUCCGAGCUUUCGAGAUCAUCCCGCCGGUCUGGCCGCGGUGGAAAAGACGAAGGUUGUCGUCGAGAAAUGCCGCGAAUUAGGCGUCCAGAUAAUCUGGCUAAAUUGGGGCCUGACCGACCAAGACCUCGCCGCGAUGCCCGCCAGCGUCCAGCGCGGCUUCUCCCGGUCCCUCAUCCACGGCGCCGCCCCGGGCGACAAGGUCCUCCGCCUCGGCCUCGGCACGGAUCUCGGCGACGGCAAGGGCCGGUGCCUCGUCAAGGGGAGCUGGAACGCCGACAUCUACGAGCCGCUGAAGCGGUGCGCCGAGAGGGCCACCGACGUGCACUGCGACAAGAACAGGAUGUCCGGCAUGUGGAGCCCGGAGCAGCCGCUCCGGAAGUGGCUGGACGGGCCCGGCGAGGAGACGCGGACUCUCCUCUUCGCCGGCGUCAACACGGACCAGUGCGUCCUGGGGACCCUCACCGACGCCUACAACGGCGGCUGGGACUGCGUCAUGGUCGAGGACUGCUGCGCGACGGGGACGCCUGGGGCGCCGGAGGUGUGUCUUUACAACGUCGCCGGCUCGUAUGGUUUCGUCAUUAACAGCGAGACCUUCCUCGCGGGUACGAGUUCGUGA